UAAAGGCGUCAGCAGGCCAUUGGUUAUCAAACCUGGAUCUGUCGUUAGUCAAUGACCUACCACCGCCAUGUCUAUAUGGAUGUUGCUUCUAUCGUUAGUUUCUCUAAGCCAGACUGAACCACUCAGGCACCGAGUGGUGAUAGUGGGGGCUGGAGUGUCAGGGUUCACAGCAGCGGCCACCCUCCUGGAGCACAAUGUGACUGAUCUGGUCGUGCUGGAGGCUGCAGACAGGAUUGGCGGCAGGAUACAUACAGUCGAGUUUGGAGGUGUAACUUUAGACGAAGGCGCUGAGUUCUGUCAUGGUGAGGUUGAUAACGCUGUGUAUGAGCUCAUCGGUACUCACAACCUCUUGACUUCUUACUUGCCUGUGGUGAGACCUGACAAAUUUCCUCUACGCAAGCCCUUGUUUGAAAGUCUUCUGACGUCGCUGAACGUCGGUCCACACACAAAAGAAGCCUUGCGCCACUUCUCGCCCCUCCUGCAAGGGGCGUACACAGGGGCAGAUGACCUCUCAGACCUCGGCGCUUGGGGUUACUCUCAGUGGAAAGAGUGUAAAGGCGACCAAACUCUCAAGUGGAAAAAUGGGGCUGGUGGUUACAAAACACUCUUUGAUUUCAUUUCGAAAAAGAAACCAAACCGAGCCGAGGAGUUACCAGUCAUGAAAAAGAUAAUUCUUAACAAGCAAGUAACAAGGGUAGAGCGCAGAGGGAGUGACGUAGAAGUGACGUGUGCAGAUGGCAGCACCUACCUCGCUGAUCACGUGAUCGUCUCUGUCUCUCUCGGAGUGCUCAAGAAACACGCAGUUGACAUGUUUAAUCCUCCUCUACCAGAAUACAAGACCGCAGCUAUUGAGUCCUUUGGAUUCGGUUGUAUUGGGAAAGUGUUUAUUCUGUUCCCAAACAGAUGGUGGCCUAGCAAUUUCUCUUCUAUACUGCCUUUAUUUUCAAACAAAGAGCUCCUGGACUUCAAAUCUAAAUCAGCUCAAGGAUCAUGGUCAGUGUACACGACAGGCUUCUACCCAGUGUUAAACCAUGACCGAAUGCUGUGCGCCUGGUUUCAUGGUCAGGCUUGUCGGAUGUUAGGAGAGAAGACCGAGGAAGAAGUCAGCGACGGCGUGCUUGAACUUCUAAAUACACUUGUUGGCAGUAAAUACACCAUACCUCGACCAGAAGCAGUAUUAAGAACCGACUGGGCCAGCGACCCAAACACCCUGGGAGCCUUCAGCUACCGCACAGUCGCGAGUGACAGCCAAAAUCUCUCAAACAGUGACCUCGCACUACCAGUCAGAGAUGAGAACGAUAAACCAGUGAUCCUGUUUGCUGGAGAAGCUACACAUAACCACUAUUACUCUACUGUCCACGGUGCCCUAGAGACAGGUCGAAGAGAGGCUCUUAGGCUUAUAGAUUACAUGAAGGAACGUUGAUUAAAAUAGUAUUAAAUUGUCUGUGUGC